UUUAACAUAAUCUGAAUGAUGAACUGAUUUGGUGACUAAGUACUAAAAACGUAUUCUUUGUUAUUUGACUUGUACAGUAAUAAACAUUCCUUUGCCUUACAGUAAAGUAGUCGUUCCUAAGAGGUACGUCAGAUAAAUGCUUUAGAGACAAAAGUGGCCCCCUGUGGUGCAUUCAGAACCACCAAGCUUGAUGUGGAUUCAGAUCUAGGAGGACCCCUGCUUAGUUUUCCAGAAACAAUACCCGGCCGGCUGCUGAUGAAUAAAUAAAAGCUCCUCCCCGAGGGCUGAUCUACCGAGCGGCGCUAUGAGCUGCAGUCGUGGCCGCCGAGAUCCGGCCUCAGAUUGUGCACCUGGAGGAAAAUGAGCGUGUUCAAAGCCCAGCAGCACCAUGAGUCACCGCCUAAUCCUCCAGUGUUUGGCAAGCCGUGGUUCUGGCAACGCAGCAGCAGCACCAUGGAGAGCACCCGCACCUUGGCUCGGGUCAUCAUGGAGAUGCGGCAGGAGAUCAAGAAGCUGGAGGCUGAGAACAGAGCGCUGCGUCAGGACCAGGACCAGAACCAGAACCAGGACCAGGACCAGGACCAGGAAGUAUCUGUGGUGAUGGAGGAAAACCCUUCUGGGAAUCUCAGGAGGAAUACAUCUGCUCCCAUCCUGAAAAAACACAAAGACGACAAUGUGAUGACAGUGCGGAGGUACUCUCAAAGCUCCAGCCUGCCUGCCGUUACCUCGCUUCUGGCAGACGAAGGGCAAACGGACCCUGAUGGAUUCCAGGAGGAGAUCCCUCACGGCACUGAGAGCCUCGCUAAGGUCUCAUCCAGCGGUCUUGGGGACGACUCUGCCGGCAACAGGAAGUCCCUGCAGGAAUAUGUGCAGAAGAACAGAGCCAAGAUGAAGACGGUCACCUUCCUUCUACCAGUGGAGGACAUUUACACCAACAGACCAGCUCUGUCCCAACCUCACCACUCCAAAAUCUCUGCUACAGAUUCAUGAAAAAAAAAAAGAACCAACCAGCAAUAAUCCUAAUGGGGUCAGACUCUUCUUUGCACUGUAGGUCAACUUCUUUCAGGCUCCGAAGGUGAUUUUAUCCGAGCAAACAAAGCGUGGACUCUGGUUACAAGCGAUGAGACACAGGAGCCUGUGCACACAGGAUCACAUGUCUUCUGCUCAAGUGCUUCUGGAACACGUUUGUGCUCACUGACUCGGGCCAAUUUAUUAUUUAGCCUGCUAAAGUCCCAUAAAAGGGGUCACGUGUGACCUCUUUGUUGAUACUCUAACAGGACACAAGAUUAGGCACACCUGAGUUGCCUUUUAUAACAAUAAUUUUACCUCCAGAUUGUUCUGAUCGACACAUUAUAUUGAGAGGUCCCAAUAUGAUGGUUAAUUACCGUAGAAACCGAGCAAUAUUAUCGAUUUUCUAAAAACUGAUCUUCAGGGAUUGAGGUUUUUUAAAUUAUAUUAAUUUUAAAUGAAAAACACUGAAAAAGGUUUGUGUAUUUUUUGUAGAUGUCCUAAUUUUAGAAGUAAAUUGUUUUAACAAUUAAUAAUUGACUAUUAUUUUCAUUAAUAAAUAAAUAAAAUACGAAUAAAUGCUAAAUAAUAACAACAAUGGCUGACAUAAUUUUGUUUUAUAUUACGUAAUAAUAUAAUUUAUUUA